GAAGAAGGCGGCGGCAAAUAAGCAGCCGGAAGCCAUGGCCGGCGUGCACCAGAGACGCAGCGGCAAGUAUGGGGUGAGGAUCACACCCAAACACUCGGAGGGGACAGCUCUGAUAUGGCUCGGCACGUUCGACACCGCUGAGGACACCGCCAGAGCGUGCGAUGCAGCGGUCAUCAAGAUGUCCGGUGCGAGUGCCGUGACCAACUUCGAGCCGUGCGGCCAAUCGGCGGCCAAAACUAAUUUGAAGGAAACACCUGUGGCCGUCGCUGCUGAUUACGACGAAGGAUCACUCGUCGAACUCCUGAAUGAUUUCCUGGAGCUGUCCAUGCUCGACUUCCGCUCGGACAACAUCAUCGCAGGUGCACAGCACGACGAUCUCAUGGAUGACCUGAGACCGGUGGAGUGGCAGCAGGUGGACGAGUUGCUCAAGAACAUGGAAUCCACCUAUGUUCAGGACAGGGAGGCGCUGAUCGGAGCGGCUGAAAUUCUUCAGAAGAUUUCACUAGUUGGCAUGGACAUGGUGGGAGAGCUGAACCAACAUAAGUGAUGAUCAAAGCGCGCCGGCAAACUGAUGAUGAUGAACAUUCCUUACUCCUAGGCUUAUACGAUAAUCGGGAUGUCUGGAGCCCCUUU